GUGCUUCAUUUUAUCCAUGCUGACAUUUUGUUAUCAGAUAACGAAACAGAUCUAUUCUAUAUCAUGUCUUGUCGAACAGAACGUGGUAUCCAACUCACUUUGGAUGAAUAUCGCAGAGAUACUUGCGCAAGGUGUUAUCAUUACCUUCCAGACUUUGCAUUCCGUGACGACAGUGUAAGAUUGAGAUAUAAUGAAGGAACAGGCUUCUUGAUGGAUCCAAUCAAAAAUACCUCUUAUGAUGCAGAUCCGGAGAACAUCAGUCAUCCAGCCUAUGAGACCUUCCAGUCGGAUUUAUUUGCCAGGAAAUGGAUUGCUUGCUGCAGAGCAGCUUUGGAGCUUUGCUGCUGCAGCAGAAUGAUAUCGGACCCCAUGCUGAAUGUAACUG